GUGCUCGUCACCGUGCUGGUUGUGCCGGUGACCGAAGUUGUGGUAACAGACGUGGUAGUUGUGGCACCUGAUGUGGAUGUGAGCGUCUGUGUCGUCAUCGUCUGUGUGGAGGUCGUGCUGGUGACACUGGUGACAGUACUCGUCAUGCUGGUGCUGGUGGCCGUCAUGCUUGUGGUACUAGUGCUGGUCACCGUGCCAGUCGUGCUCGUGCUGCUUGUCUGCGUCACGGUGGAACUCGUGGAAGUGGCGCUGGUGCUUGUUAAGGUGGUCACAGUGCUCGUGAUUGAGGUGGUUGAUGUCUGGGAGACAGUGAUUGAAGUGGUUGACGUCUGGGAGACAGUGAUUGAAGUGGUUGACGUCUGGGAGACAGUGAUUGAAGUGGUUGACGUCUGGGAGACAGUGAUUGAA